AUGCAUCAUGGGCGACUAACAUUUUGUGCUUCAAUUGAGAGCCCGACUCGUGGCAUCGUGUCUCUUCAUUCAAGUUUCUGUCCCCACUCCCCACGUCAUGUCUUCGGACUGACAGCAAAGAAAGAACAUGGAUAUGACAAUGUGAAGGUCUCCAGCAGCGCAUGGGACACGAAUCUCGUCUCUGCUUCUGGGGUGACCACUUUCCCUCUUCACGUUCGUGGGGCAUUCGCAAUACUUCCUCUUCCCUCCCCUUUUGCAGCUGUCCCAAACUUCCCGUACAAGCUUCCUGAUGUUAUUCCCCUCGCGCUUAUUCACACUGCCCCCGUCCUCGACACUAAUUGGUCCCCACAUAACGACUCCAUCGUUGCCUCGGGUGGUGAAGACGGCAAAGUCAUGAUCUGGAAGGUCGAGUCUUCUGCCUUUGAAGGCUGGGGCCAGGAUCAUUGGGUACUGGAAGACUUUGACCCUGUGGCCCAUCGCUUCCACCCCACCGCGUCUAACGUCCUCGCCAGUGCGUCCAGCGAACAUACGGUUAAGCUUUGGGAUCUUGCUGAUACCGAUCGCCCAUACUCUGUUCUCACCGGACGCAACGAUACCAUCCAGUGUCUCGCCUUCAAUCCUACCAGCACGCUCAUGGCCACGACCUGCAGAGACAGAAAACUUCGUCUAUUCGAUCCUCGUGCAGGAGGCGCUCGUGUCAUAUGGAUGGGCGAUCUUGACAAGAUCGUGACAACUGGCUUUAGCAAGAUGAGUGACCGUAAAGUCUCCAUCUGGGAAACGGGAGGUCUUGGAAAUGUCAAGAUUAUGACUAUUGAUCACGAUGGAAAUAUCCGGUAUUACGAGUACGAAAGCGACUCGCUGUUCGCGCUAGCAGAGCACAAAUCCCCAGAUCCCCAGCGGGGAGUCUGUUUCCUCCCUCGUCGUGCCCUUAACGUGUCGGAUUGCGAGAUUGCCCGUGCGUACAAAGUAUCAGGUUCAUCUGUGGAACCCAUUGCUUUCAUUGUGCCUCGCAAAUUAAAUGCGGACUCAUUCCAGUCCGACAUUUACCCAGCUGUGGCCUCGUCAGAGCUCUCUCUCUCAGCAAGCGAGUUUUUUGCUGGAAAAACUGCUGCAUUGAAGCUCGUUAGUCUCGAAAAUGGUGCUGUGUUCAAUGCGCCUGCACCUGCACCUGCACCGACACAUGUGCCCGCACCCACUGCAUUCAGUGCACCUCCGCCUGUCACCAAAGCUGUCACCAUGCCUACACCUGUGCCACAAACUCCAGUCGUGUUAAGAUCUGAGUCGGCACCAGCGCCUCGACCCACCUCACCUAUCUCAGAGUCUCCGGCCAUCAUCACUCCGCCAACGCAAGUUAAUGACGAAGUACGUACUCUUGGUAUCAAUUCUAUCUAUCUGAGUCGUUAGCUAUGGUCCCCUAUUUACCGGACUUCUGAACGCUUGAUGCAUCCGCGGGGCUGCCUUAGUACUAGCUGCGCGCCGCUCACCGUGAGACUUGGCAGGCGCGCACUCCUAGCAUGGGCCAUCCACCUUACCUUAGAGUAUUAGAA